CCCAGGCCGUCUGCCAUCGAUCGUGGCUCACUGCCCCACUGCCCAAACGGAGGACGCGGACACGACACUCUUCGAGAAGGCGCGCGUUGCCAGUGGGAGGCUGCCCCUGGCGCCUGCAGCAGCCCAUCACUGAUCGAUAGCCACCGCCUGCACUGGAGGCCAUCUCUGGUCGAGAGCCUCGACGCAGCAGCAUGCUCCAAUUCCGCACCAAGAAGGACGAGGAGGCGGCCCUCCUGCCCACCGAGGCGCCUACCUCCUUACUGGUAGAGGUUCUAUUUUUUGCCAUUGCGUUUACGACGAUCGCGCCCGCGGCUGCUUUGCUAGCACUGGUGUCCGCGAUCACAUCUGCAUAUAGUGACACGGCCUACGUCUACGUCGUGGGCUUCAUUUUUGUAAGCGCACUACCCAUGACGGCGGCGCAGUACGCCGCCGACGCCGCUUUUGACAUACAAUAUGGUCUGCGGACGGCCUCGGUCUUCCGGUUAGUGAUAUCAUGCAUCGUGCAAGGUGUCGCUUGUGUCCUACUGGGAGCAUCAACAGAUUGGCCCAGCUCAUCAACACUAUACGCGUGCUCGGCGUUGAUCGGGUUUGGGGCGUGGACGGCCAACGGAACGCUGAACGCCAUUGCCGCACAGACCGGCGGCCAGGUCUCGCAGGGCCUGGGCAUGCAGGUGUCCUUCCUCGCGUCGUUCUUCGUGAUAUAUCUCGGCAUGGGCUCGUCCGCGUUCCUUUAUGGGGUGUCGUUUCCCGCGGUCGGGUUACUCUGUUCGUUAGUAUUGCUCUCGGACAAUGAUGUGGUCAUCGCUUUAAAUGUGGUCUCUCAUGAACCGAGACGGCGCGAGGAGGGCGAGCGGCCGACCCUCGUCAACUUGUGCGGGAUUGAGUUCUUCGCGAUGGCGUGUUCCGUGAUCGCCCUAGCCGCGAUGUCAGGGUACAGCGACUUGGCGUCGGUGCUGUACGUGGCCUUCAACUCCGGGAAUGUGUUAUCGCGCGGCGUCGUCUCCUGCUUCGCCGUGCCGUCGGAGUACGCUCUUAUAAUAGGCUGCGCUAUACGUACGUUGGUGCUGCCCGCGUUGUUUUUUUCCAGUGAUUUGCCGGCAGGCUUCGAUGUAUAUAUAGCGGUCGGCUUUUGUAUCUACGCCAUCGUGGGCGGCGUGCUGAUCCAGGGCCCGCUGUUGUUGGUACGACGGCUCGACGACGCCGUCGCCGCGGCGCGGACCGUGAACCUCGCCCAGGGCGCGGGGCUGGCCGUCGGCGGGCUGGUGUGCUGCGGCGUAGCGCUGGGGUACGACUACUCGUGAGUAAAACUG